AUGUUGUCGAACUUGUUCAGCUUCAUUUUGCCUUUCACCUUUGUAGCCAUAACUGUUGGACAAUUUUACGGUGACGACGACCCUUACGAAUAUGGUCCACGUCCUUAUAGAGGCGAUUUCUAUGGAGGCGGCUGUUGUCGAGGCAGAUAUAGCCGUGGCUACGGAGGCGAGUACGGCCGCGGCUAUGGAGGCGGAUUUGAUCGUGGCUACUAUGGACGCGGAUAUGGUAGAGGCCCCUAUGGAUUUCGCCCGUUCCCCUAUAGAGGCGGAUUUGGCCCACGUCCGUUUAUGCGUCCAUUUGGACGCGGAUUCGGUCCCUAUAGGCGCGGAUAUGGCGGUCCUUGCUGUGGAGGUGGAUAUGGCCGUCCCUGUUGUGGAGGAGGAUUUGGUCGUGGCCGCUAUGGAGGUGGAUAUGGUCGCCGAUACGGAUUUAACCGUGGCCUCUAUGGGCGCGGAUUUGGUUUUCGUCCUUAUGGUGUUGGAUUUGGCCGAUAA